AUGGCUGAUCGCAAGCGAGCUCUGCGAGCUGGAAAGACUGCUACUGCCUCACCUAAUAACGGGUUCACCACUGAACGCUCGGUUGGCGGCGAGCGCCGUUCGAUCCGUCACUACCACGAUGGCCGAGUAUCACAACGUGAGGGCCCUAUCCCUGCCCCCGUCCGAAAGCUAACCAAGAGUAGAGUCACCUCUAGGACAAACAGCGUGAGCGCUAGUACUGUCUUUAAGCCUAAGGCUUCUCCCAAGCCUAGGGAGCCGGAACCGGAAUAUCGGCCUCCUACUGAUGCUGAAAUUGAGAAGCUCGCCGGUGCUGUUACUAACCUCUCCCACCCAGAACGCAGUACACCCUUUCCCAAGCCUCUGCCGCGGGUGGAGAGCUCACAGGAAGAGAACUCCGAGUCAUGGAGUUCCAGCAGCUCCUAUGGAAUGAUUACCCCACCCUUCCCUGUAGCUUCCCCUACUCCUGAAGACUCGCCCGAGCUAAUGAGCACGGAGGUUUUUCCUCCUCCUGUGACCCGCAACCCCGGUACCUCAGGCACGAAUACUAACACUAUUUCAAAGCAGUGGGCUGACAUGGGUGGAAAGAGCCGGAUUAGAGAUUUGGAUCUUCACGACUGA